CCAGUCAUGCCAGGAUCUGGUACACAGCCUCAGGACCGCAGCUCAAUGCACAGCUGGAAUGUUGGCUUUCACAAGUACAGUCUACAAAAAGACCUUCUAGAGUCAUUAUUGCACCCCAUGUGGGAUAUACGUAUUGUGGGUCUUAUGCUGCCCAUGCUUACAAACAAGUGGAUCCAUCUAUUACCCAAAGAAUUUUCAUCCUUGGGCCUUCUCAUCAUGUGCCCCUCUCUCGAUGUGCACUUUCUAGUGUGGAUAUAUAUAGGACACCUUUGUAUGACCUUCGUGUUGAACAAAAGAUUUAUGGAGAACUAUGGAAAAUGGGGAUGUUUGAAUGCAUGUCUGUGCAAACAGAUGAAGAUGAACACAGUAUUGAAAUGCAUUUGCCAUACACAGCUAAAGCCAUGGAAGGGGUCAAGGUUCCAUUACAGUUACUAUGAUGAAUCCCACGGGGAGAUUUAUAGAUCCAUUGAAUAUCUAGAUAAGAUGGGUAUGAAUAUUAUAGAACAAUUAGAUCCUGUAUCUUUUAGCAAUUUCUUGAAGAAAUAUCAUAAUACUGUAUGUGGAAGACAUCCCAUUGGGGUGUUAUUAAAUGCUAUCACAGAGCUCCAGAAGAAUAGAAUGAAUAUGAGCUUUUUCUUUUUGAAUUAUGCCCAGUCAAUUCAGUGUAGAAACUGGCAAGACAGUUCAGUGAGUUAUGCAGCCGGAGCACUCAUGGUCCACUGA